AGCAGACUCACUCACUGAGUCAGUGAGGCCGGCUGGCGGCCGCUCUUCCCGCGCCUGCUCGCUCUCCCCUCACAGCUGUUCAGUCAUCCUCUCCCACACACGCACAGUCACCACACUGGAGUUGCAGCUUCCGCCAACUUACUCCCUGGCGCGAUCCACCAUCUGAGAGCCUUUUCUUUUUUUUUAAAAUAUAAAAUUAACAUCCUUCAAAAAAACAAGCGACGGAGGGAAGCCCGUCAGCGGAGCCGGAGCCUCCCAGCGGCAGAACAAACUGCUUACAUGGUGGCCUUUUACAUCUGAAGGCAGAAGGAUAUCGUGAGAUUCAAGGGAUUUGACAGCCCAGCACUGAAAGAUGAAAUGCUCCAACUGAGUUUUGCUCUUAUGGCUGUGUAUUGAGAUAGAGCAGAUGGGCGCCAUAUUCUCAACAUCGUUGUCAAUUUUCAGCCACCACACACAGCUUCUUGCAAGUGCCUUCAUUCUACCCACACCAGGAGUAUCGAAAUGAGAGGCUUUUAAUAAGAGAAUUUGCUGGUUGUCAAAUCAAGGGGAAGCUUUAUUUGGGGGAGAAAAAAAGAGUGCUACAAGAAAUUCUAGGAGCUAAUCUGAUUGCUGGCACAAUGCUUUGAGGGAGAGGAAGACAGAAACUCAUUCAUCUCGGCACAGAUCCCAUAAGCAUGCUAGCUCCUGACCUGUGAACGGCUGCUGUGGAGUACAGAGAGAGCUGACCAGCUGAAGAUGCGACCAUGGACCAGCUCCUGGCGAUGGAUUAUGUUGAUCCUUCUUGCCUGGGGGACUUUGUUGUUCUAUAUAGGCGGGCAUUUAGUCAGAGACAGCGACCAACCAGAUCGCUCCAGCAGAGAACUAUCCAAGAUACUGGCAAAACUUGAACGUUUGAAGCAACAAAAUGAAGAUCUUCGGAGGAUGGCAGAGUCUCUGAGGAUUCCUGAAGGUCCCAUUGACCAGGUACCAGCUGCUGGAAGAGUGCGUGCAUUAGAAGAACAACUGUUAAAGGCCAAAGAGCAGAUUGAAAGCUAUAAAAAGCAUGCAGGCAAAGCAGGUCCUGGGAAGGAACACGAGGAGCUGCGGCGUAAGAUUGAAAAUGGAGUGAAGGAACUCUGGUUCUUUGUGCAAAAUGAAGUCAAGAAAGUGAAAAAACUGGAGGGUGAAGAAGCACAAAGGCAGGCGGAUGCAUUACUUGAGAACCUAGGUGACCAGCAGAGGUCCAUUAUGACAGAUGUAUACUACCUCAGUCAAACAGAUGGGGCUGGUGAAUGGAGAGAAAAAGAGGCCAAGGAUCUGACAGAACUGGUUCAGCGGAGAAUAACAUAUCUGCAGCAUCCCCAUCAUUCAGCUGUUCAUGUGAAGAGUGGAAAUGAGACCAGAAGCUGGAAGUACUUCAAUAAGAACCCCAAGGACUGCAGCAAAGCCAAGAAGCUGGUGUGUAACAUCAACAAGGGUUGCGGCUAUGGCUGUCAGCUACACCAUGUCGUCUACUGUUUCAUGAUUGCAUACGGAACGCAGCGCACUCUCAUCCUGGAGUCCCAGAACUGGCGUUAUUCCACUGGGGGUUGGGAGACUGUCUUCAAACCAGUCAGUGAAACCUGCACAGAUAGAUCUGGCACCAGCUCUGGCCAUUGGUCAGGCGAGGCUAAUGAUAAGAAUGUCCAAGUGGUGGAACUGCCAAUAGUUGAUAGCCUUCACCCACGACCACCAUACCUGCCCUUGGCUAUUCCUGAAGACCUCGCAGGUCGAUUAACUCAUCUACAUGGAGACCCCUCAGUCUGGUGGGUCUCACAGUUUGUCAAAUAUUUAAUACGUCCUCAGUCAUGGCUGGAGAAGGAAAUUGAAGAGGCAACCAGAAAACUUGGCUUCAAGCAUCCAAUUAUUGGCGUUCAUGUGCGACGCACAGACAAAGUCGGAACCGAGGCAGCUUAUCACCCUAUUGAGGAAUACAUGGCACAUGUAGAGGAACACUACAAGUUUCUUGCUCGCAAGAUGGAGAUUGACAAAAAACGAGUUUACCUUGCCACAGAUGACCCUAACUUACUUCAGGAAGCUAAGUCAAAAUACCCAGAUUAUGAAUUCAUCAGUGAUAACUCCAUCUCAUUUUCAGCUGGACUUCAUAACCGAUACACAGAGAAUUCACUGCGAGGUGUCAUUCUAGACAUUCACUUUCUGUCUCAGGCAGACUUUUUGGUCUGUACCUUCUCAUCCCAGGUUUGUCGAGUGGCCUAUGAGAUAAUGCAGACGUUACACCCCGAUGCAUCAGGUUAUUUCCAUUCUCUGGAUGACAUCUACUACUUUGGUGGACAGAAUGCACACAAUCAGAUUGCAAUUUACCCUCACAAACCACAGACUCCAGAGGAAAUUGUAUUGGAGCCUGGAGAUCUGAUUGGAGUGGCUGGCAACCACUGGGAUGGUUAUUCCAAAGGUAUCAAUAGAAAAUCUGGGCGAACAGGCCUAUAUCCAUCCUACAAAGUGAAGGAGAGCAUCGAGACCAUUAAGUACCCAACCUAUCCAGAGGCUGACAACGAGAAGCCACAGUAGCUGCAAGGACACUCCACAGUCUCAGUGAAUGUAUCUCGCCAUAAAUCUGAAAUCCAGCCAAUGUUUUUUUUAAACUUUGAGUUCUGUGCAGAUGCAUCCGUCUCCCUCCAUCAUCCUGCUGUUGGUUGUGUUUGGUUGUCUGCCAUUAAUUCACUGUAAUCCUCAGUGACUGACACUGACCCGUUGUACAGGUUAGAGCAUGAGCAAAUGUCUGUCCAGUCAUGGUGCCUAACAUUCUUCAACCGUUGACCUUCCUGAAGAACCAAGUCCAGCAUUAGCAAUGAGAUGUCUUUGAAAUCUUGGCGUGAAAGAAAAAGGUUAAGCAUCAGGCAGGAGAGGUGUAAUCAUGAAGACUUAAUCCAUUCCACAGCCUGUUCUUAAGAUGACACUCUCUCAAGAAAUAAAAGGGUUUCUCCUUUACAAGGGUAGGCGAAGGGAAGGUCAGAAUAAUCAAGUGCACAUCCUCAUUUCACAGUCUUUUGUAAAAGCAAAAUCAUGGACAGAAUCUUUAAUACAUAAUGUUUCCAGACAUUGUCUUUGAUAACAAAAAUAAAUAAAUCUAAAUGAAACCAAUUAAGCUAGAGUUUCUCCUCAUUGUUGCUGAUAUAUUUAGGAUUAGGAUGGCAUUCAACUGUGGCGUUAGCCUUCAAAGCUUAUGAAUGUUUGAUCUCCAUUAUUUCAGCAACUUAGGUGUUACUCAGCUAUUAAGUAUUAAUAUGGUUAUUUAUCACCAUUGGUUAUUAAAUUAAUAUGUCCAAAAUUUGAUCU